AUGCCUUCCUACACACUCGAAGGUCUGGAUGACCUGGAAAUGAGCGCUGAAACUGCUACACCGGAAGAUCAGAAGGUGGCACUGGCAUUUGUAGUUGGGAUUCUCGAGGAUAUACCCAUCGGUUAUGGCGUUAUGGGAGGGAUGAACUUCCAUCUGCGAGGUUCGGGGCGCACGACUACUGAUAUUGACAUUGCUAUUGACAAUUCGCCCCGUAUGCGCGAUCUCCUGAGAGUCUUCGAUAGCGAAAAGUAUCAUGAAAGUAUCUACUGGCCUGCCAGCCCAAUCCAAUAUGCCUCUGGCGUCGCGAGGAUCUUCGUCCAAGUCGACAACGGCGAAGAUGGGCAGCUGGCGCAGCUUGACUUCAAGCCCAAGGGUGCUGAAGGCCAUCAGAUACCCGAUGAUAUUCCAGCUUCUGUUGACAGAGUCACAAUAAAUACUAGGAAUGGUGCCUUCGAAUGCAAUCUACUAUCCAUUGGCCCACUCGUGCGGUCUAAGAUCAAGGCCCACCAUAAUCGGGAGGUAGAGAAAGACUACAAUGACCUGGUAUUCGUUUGCUGUCAUCAAGAUUAUGCACCCUUAGUUAGGCAGGCUGCAGUGUCGUAUGAAGAGACGUGGAAGGAAUUCCUCCUGGAGAAGGUGAUGGAGAAUAACCCGGAAUCAGAGUCUCAGGUUAGGUGGGCCCUCGACUUAGAAGCUGAAGGGGAGGCCUCAUAA